UGUCAUUGGUCCAUACUCCUAUGAGGUAGAGUAGAGGGCUGCAGCAGUCAGGCGCAGCCUGAUGCUGACUGGCGCCCCCAUGUUUCAGGAACUGCCACGAAUAUCUACUCUACAGAGAGUGGAAACUGUGAGAUACAUUUCAGUUGAUUGAACGUAGAACUUGGUUCACUUGAGUAGGGGUCAUUGAUAUUUUGUCACUUUGCUUGCGUUCGUGGACGUUCAGUGUCCGAGUUCAUGGCAAGGUGCUAUGGAUAUCCCGCAGACCAACACAAAUAAACAUGAUGGGUGGGCGGUCGAGGUUUAUCCCACAGCGACCACUUAUUCUUGUACUGUAAAUCCAUUGGUUGCAGCGACAAGCACAAUAUUUGGCACAGGGACAUCCACCAUACAGUCGGCGCCGAGUAACUCCCUUACCAUUCAACUGAGGCCUUACGUUCUCAUAAAUGUGCAUACCUCAGACAAGUGCGCCAUCUUGACUGGCUGCAAACCGACAGAAGUGCUCAAGGCAAACUCGGAUAUUUCAGGGAUAGGAGUCAUCUCUGCAUUCUUAAUCACGGCGUAUACAGCCGUCUUGCUGCUUCUGAUUGCAUACUGGGGCGGGGUCUUACCAUCCAGACUGAUUCGACGUGCAGACAAAGCAUGCUUCCGUGCUCGCUCGGCCAAUUCUGAAGGGAAAUGGAGACCGCCGUUUGAGAAGGUGAUGCUUGUUCUUGCUGAUCAGCAGCUGAUGACUGGAAUUGGUAUUCUAGUAGCUGGGUAUGUGCAAGCGUUUUCGUAUGAUCUGGACAUGUACCACUGGAAAUACGUUGUGUACCUCGCAUGGAUGAGCUCAACUGUCCAUCUAGCAGCACUAUCAAUACUCCACAACCGCCUUGGUAAGAUCGAAGCUACCAAGAGUACCCUGGCCAGAAACAUACGGAUCUCAGGGAUGUUUGUGCUUUUAUUGCUACUUACCGUCGCCAUGAUCCCCAUGACCGCAAUGGUCUUUGACGAGGCCGUCCGAAUUCCGACAUCUCAUCAGGCUAGCGCACCGAUAAAAUGUCUAUGGAGCACAGAUAUUUUGAACCGUAGUGCUUUAAAUGACGACACGAUCAUAGCCCUAGUCACCCUUCUAGGGAGUUACGCGUGGAAGAUGGGUCAGUUGUUUGAUAGCAGCCGCCGCAAGUUUGACUUUUGGCUUCGAUGCAAGCCCGAAGCAGCUCUCGAGCGCGCUGCCAGACGGCUGAUAUCGCAAGCAUUUCCGUCCUGGAUCGUCCGAGUGAAAUAUAGAGCCGUGGUUGCCGCCUACAUUCAAUUAUGCCUCGUCGUCGAGAUUGUCGAGUCAUUCAUGUCGACACUCAUCCUGAUUGGCUUCUCUAACGCUCUGGGCGUAACACAGAUUUAUCGUAAUCGGUACAGCGUGUACGAGGAGGUGCGGCAAGAUGAGAUGCAAAUGAGCUUUGGCCAGAUCCUUCCACUUCUUCUCCUCCUACAGCCUACACUGGCGGUUGCGGAGUGGUUCUCUGGUGGGCGCGAUCGAGGGAGUGAAUCGCAGAAAGCCAGCGAUGCUGCGGCAAAGGAUGUGACAGUGUCUAUACAGAACCGGGGGUAUGAUGUUUCGCAACCUCCACGAACAAGCGAACCCGCUGCCAGACUCACGGAUGCAUUCGUCAAUCCCGAUUUCCGCCUCUUAUCUGCGAGAGAAAAGGAAGAACUACGGCUACACGAUACCAUCAAAGACCAGCUCUACUUGUCACGUUCUUUUGUCACAUUACUCUGGCUAAGCUACAUGGCUAUUAUGGGAAUUGCGCUCGCAGUGGUUUGGGUUGAGGUUGUUGGCACGUUCGCAAUUCAGGAUAUCCUGUCCAUGUCAGCACGGGUAUUCAUGUACGGGGUUAUCGGGCCUGCGUCAUUCGUUACAACGUCAUUUCUGGUGAUAGUCCUUUCUUGUAGCAGUACGAGCUUAAACUGAUGAUGCUGGCUUGGUGUAUAGUCCGAUUCAACAAGUGUUUACCAAGUAACCUAGGCGAGCUCGUGCUGUCCCACUUACCACUACGAAAGCCCUGUAUGGAUUGCGAGCUUUGAACAUCGAUUUCUCGCGAUUUCUAGUUUCUCUUUCCGCUGGAAGUAGUUAAAUUCUGUGGCAUGUUUCGAGUUAUACUCUUCUCAUUAUCGCUUACCAAUACAUUAUAUCAUGGCGAAUCACCACGGCAAGCACACCGCCACCGAAAUCUUCGACUCGUUGAUACGUCCUCAAUCAAAAGUUCUUAGCGUCAUCAUAUACACAAUAAUAUUCACAACAUGGUUUCUCUAGCAGAUGGGUCUUUUGA